CUUUAUGCGUUCAGUCGUCGGUCUCCACAGAAACGUUAUUAUUUUGUUCUCAAUGUGCGCCAAUUCACAUUGCAAAAAGAGCCAGGAGCUGGCACUUUGAGUUUUUCAUGCAUUUUCUUUUGUGUGUUUGAGAAUUUCCCUCCCGUCAACGUCAUUCGCUGAGUUUUUCGCUUCUGUUUUUCCAACGUGACUAAUGCACAAAGAGUUGCCACGGAAAAUAAGAAAACCGUCCCUUGCAAAAGAAAAGUCUGUGGAAAAAUAAGUUUUCUUUUGUUCGCGAGUGAAUAAUUUCCUUUAUUAUUUUUGGGACCAUCGUGGAAAACAACAGGAACAAAAAUUAAUUGUGUAAAUAAUCCAAACGCUGAAGAACAGAUUGGGAAAAGUUUCUUGGAACUUGAAAUAUUAAAAAAGGACAAAAAAGAAUAUAUUUCGGAUUUUUUUUUUUUGAAAUGAGGAAAUGAGGAAAUAUAAUCAUGCUUUGUAAUGUAAGUAACAUUACCGGUGGAAGGAUCGAUCGCUGAAAAUUGUCUGGAUGUAUUUGACGACAAGAAAACAGGAUUUGUGCACUCCACUGCAAUUCUCAACAAUGUCAUCGACUAACACUCUCGAAGUCCUCGAGAAAUGUGAGAACAUCAACAAAGUAACAAAUAUUCUGUCGCGGAAUUUUGUAUAGCUUACAUAUACAGCAAGGAUGGAGUGAGCUCCUUCUCCUAGUCUCCAGUGCAAUCGGAUUUUUAAUUCCCUCUCUGUAGAAGCAAUGCCAUAAAAAAUGUGAACGAAUCCAAAUAACACAAUUGUGCAGCUAUAUUUCUAUAUUGUUGAUUUACUUUCGGUAACUUUCGGCCCAUGAAAAAGUUAAUCUUUCGGCAACAAUUUUAUUGAGUUAUGAAAAACUGCACUUCCAUAUAAAAUGGACUGCAAAAUGUGUAAACGCAUGUUUGGAAACAUGUAAAUAAAGUGAAAUAAGGUUUAUGGAUGUUCAAAAAUAAUAAUAAAACUAAAAUUAUAAGUGUGUAACAAAGUUCAUCUGUAAACAAGCUAAAUUUAGCCAUUUUAAGCAUCUUCAACAGUGUGAACCAAACCAGUAGGACAAAACUCUUAUGUGCGAAGCCGUGAAUCCGAAGAACGAGUUCAGCAAAUAUCGAUCUGGUGUAUCAAGUGGACAAAUCAGCUGAUGAAAGGAGACGAAGCAGUGGAAGAGGAAUCUCAACGUAAAGAGCUCAACGUUUGAAGAUGAAAGUUUCAGUCAUUUAAAAUGAACCGCUAACUCAAUCAAGGCCCGCAGCUUGCUUUCCCGGCGACCAGAGACUGACUGUGCUUAUUCUUGCUGACAAUAAGUCAGCAGUCUAGCUCAGAUACAACCGAGUCGUCAUUGUGGCACAGCUGAAAAAUGGCGAUCAAUUUCUCGGCUUCAUUUGCUGCAUGUCUAGCAGCAGGUUUCAAAAUGCCACGACAGAUUAUGUACUGUAUUUCGCAAGAUACCCCGUACGUGCUUUACAAAGAUUCACAGGAGGCUGCUGAACGAACGGCUGCUUUAGGAGGACAAUGGGGUGGUGAAAUUUAUCCAGCUUUGCAACAAGGUUCCCAAGGUCAUGUAACAGCACACAAUAAUGGCCAAAUUUCCCUCGCCGGUGCAGCAUCACAUCAGCACCAUCAAUCUCAACAAUCUCAGCAGCACACUCCUAAUAGUCCUCAGAAUCAGGAGAGCAGAUCGCAGCAGCCGGGCAAACAAGCCAACGGCCAAUUACACAGUCCAGCAACGAGUCCUUAUCCACAAAACAACGGCAGCGAGAUGGACAAGGCAAUCAUGAAGGCUCAAAAUAUGCAGAAUACCAUUGCUCAACAACAGAACGGACCACUUAACCAGGUGCAGGUGACCGGAGCAACUGGCUCACCUUCCCAAAAUAUAGAGCAUCCUAAUCAUCAAACAAAUUCAAGCGGCCAAAAUCAGCAGAAUCAAACGUCCCAGCCUCAGCAACAAUCAAAUGUCCCAAUAACUGGACAACAACAACAACAGCAAACGCAACAAUGCUUCCCAGAUCCAGCACAACCAGACAUAAGUUACUACACACAACGCCAUCAUGGGCCACAGGCUACCAUGAUACCAUCUCCAGCAUUCACUCCUCUACAUCAUUAUCUGAACAAAUCAGGUGUUCUCUCUUCGAUGCCGGCUGGAAUGGAGCAGGGAAAUCCACUUGAGCAAUACGCAGUACCAGAUUUAAUUCACGGCAAUCAAAUUCACCACACACCUUCGAAUGGAACGCACAAAUCCAAAGGAUCGGAACUGCGACUCUUCAAGUGUCUGACUUGUGGGAAGGACUUCAAACAGAAGAGCACAUUGCUUCAGCACGAACGUAUUCACACAGAUUCUCGUCCGUACGGAUGUCCCGCGGUCGAGUGUGGAAAACGAUUUCGCCAGCAAUCCCACCUGACACAACAUCUGAGAAUCCAUGCCAACGAAAAGCCAUUCGUGUGUCCCUUCUGUCAACGAGCCUUCCGACAGCGAGCCAUUCUAAAUCAGCACAUUCGAAUUCACUCAGGUGAUAAACCGUUCGGUUGUCCGUAUCCGGAAUGUGGCAAAAAAUUCCGUCAAAAGGCCAUUUUGAACCAACACGUGCGCACCCACCAAGAUGUCUCCCCGCACCUUAUCUUCAAAAAUGGCCCACACGCUACACUUUGGCCACAAGAUGUACCGUAUCCACCGGAACAGGAAGGUCAACCCAAAGAUGAGCAAACCUAUGGUGAAGAAACAUCUCAAGGUACUCCAGAAUCGCGUGGUUGUUUCUCUCCCGAAGGGAUUCUUCAAUAUCCAUCUUAUUUCAAAGAUACGAAGGGUGCAAAUCAUUCGAUAUUUGGUAACAACUUGCCGUACCUCAACAAAUCAACCGGGGGCAAAACAAUACUACAGGAUGUAAUUCAACAUGGACGUUCAGCCGGCAUGCCUCUCUAUGUACGGUGCCCGAUAUGCCAAAAAGAAUUCAAACAGAAAAGUACACUGCUGCAGCAUGGGUGUAUCCACAUUGAGUCUCGGCCAUAUCCGUGUCCAGAGUGCGGCAAGCGGUUCCGGCAGCAGUCCCACCUCACGCAGCAUUUGAGAAUACAUACCAACGAAAAACCGUUCGGCUGUCCCUACUGUCCAAGGUUUUUCCGUCAACGAACGAUUCUGAAUCAACACAUUCGUAUCCACACAGGAGAAAAACCCUACAAGUGCGCCCAAUGCGGCAAAGAUUUCCGACAGAAAGCUAUUUUGGAUCAACACACAAGGACACACCAGGUAGGAGAUCGACCGUUUUGCUGUCCGAUGCCAAACUGCCGUCGAAGAUUUGCCACCGAGCAAGAGGUUAAGAAACAUAUCGACAACCACAUGAAUCCUCACUCGUCCAAAUCACGGAAAAUGGCCACAAUGGCAGCGUUGAAUAACAAUAAUAACAUCAACAAUCACAAUAACAAUAACAAUAAUAAUAGUAACAACAACAAUAAUAACAACAUUGUUGCAGAGCAAAAAGUUUCCCCUAACUUCGUAAUGGAUAAACAAAAUAAUCCUGUUCAGCGCAUGGCACCGGUGAAACAUGAAUUAUAUUUUCCACAGUGCUAUGGCCCGCCAUUCAAUCAGCCCUUCAUUGGGGAUACAACAGUUGUAACUGCCAAUACAACAACUGCAGUUAAUGGCAGUAGCAGUGGAACCCACCCCAUUCUACCACCAGCAGUUUCAACAACUAAUCCCGUCAAUGGGUCUAAUUCUAAUCCACAACCAAGCCAUACAACGUCAACCAUAACUGCUGUUCCAGGAGCAGGACCUGCAGUCAUAGCGACUCCGGCGCCACAAGCCGUGGUAGCACAGUGACAUCCAUUGCAUGAACAACACCCUUCGGGUGUUCGACAUGCACUUCCCGUACCACUUGGACCACCGCCUCCGGCUCUCAUAGCAAUUGAUCGCUGAAUAGUUCCGCGAUAUUCUAGAAUGAAUAAUGGGGACAAUGUCAGCAAGGACAUGAACAGGGUAUUCUGUGCAAAUUUUUCACUAGGAGACGAGCGACUACAGGUGGAAAGUGAAAGUAGUCAUGUGAAUGGACUGCAGCAUGACCAAGGAAACUGUGAUAUUUAUUCUAAAGUCACAACCAUCCAUGAAUGCACAUCCAACAUUGAAGGGGAAACACUAACGAGGGAUAUCAUUGAUAUAUAUAAAGAAAACGAAACCAAAGACUGAAAUGGCUAAAAUUUCACGUUCAACAUGAAAUCAAUCGUAUACGAGAAGCGUUUUUCUGUGUUUGUGGAAAAAGGCAGUGAAAAAUUUGCACGCUAGCUUAGAAAGAAUCCCUUCAGACAAUGUAUGCCGAAUAAGCAAACCGUACAAAUGCAUUUAUGAAACCAGAUGCAAUGAACAUAUUAAAUUGGUGUGAUUAGAACUAGGGAAAAAGUCAUAGUGGGAAUACCCAUAUUCCCUAACAUUUUAAUGCAACUCUGGCAUAGACUCUGACCACAAAAUGAAACAUGAAAGUGCGGCUGUUACCAGAAAGAUAAUGCCAAAUUCACUUAAAAAUACAAAUAACGGCCCUUCUUCAGACUCCACUGGAUCCAAAAAGCAUUACACCAUGAAAACAUCUGAGAAAAAAAUAGAUAACUACAAUAUUUAACCCAGUACUGUUUAAGAAACAAGAGUGCCUAGCUGUUGUACAUCAAAAAAUGACCAUGCGUUUCCUUUUCGAUACGGAACAGGAAUGUGAACUCCACUUUCGAUACGGGCCAUUAGAAAAACAACAGCAAAACAGAAAUGAAAAAUACCUCCACGAUAAACAAAGAAAAAGAAUCGAUCAUAAAUGAGAAACUAAUUAAGAAUAAAUCAACCGAGAACCUAAACUAUAGGUAUACAUAACUUCCACAACAACAAACAGAUGGUGCUAUUUUUUAUUAAAACUUUUUUAACAGUGCAACACAUUAUUAAGUGAUGAAACAACAGAAAUAGUUAAUUGAUUAAUACAAAUAAUAACAUGAAAUAGAAACAACAAGCAGUUAAAACAAGGUCACAAUAGGAUAAUUAAUUUUCACGAACACGUUUACACCAGAUAACAAUAGUUGAAACAGUAAACAAAAUAGGGUAAUGUGAAAUGCAAACAAGUAAUGUUCGUAUUUCCAUUGGGACAAAUCAUAUGGAAGUGAACACAUACAACACAAAUAGUUAAAUGCAGGAACGAAGACUACAAUCAAAUAUUUACCAAGGUUUAUGUUUUAUCAUACAUAUACAAAACAAUAAAACAAACAGUGCGAACAGUAGUGAAUGUGACAGGCCGAAAUCAAUGUGUACUGUGUAGAGAACAAAUGCUUUCAUUGGAGCACAGAGGUAUUUUUACUAUCUACAGCAUUGUUUCCUUAUGGUUGAUACUCGCAAAACACACAAGCAUACUCACGGACGUCGGACACUUUGCGGCCGGCGAAAUCUUUUAUACCAACUCAUUUAUUUACAGGUGAUAAGUGAUAAUCCUACGUUGUCUAUCUACAUAAGAAUAAGAAAUCUAAUAAGAGAUUAAGCAUAUGGUACAGGAGAGUACGAAGUGGGGUUACACAGGCAAAUGCAAACGUUCAAAGGAAACGCAUGAUAAGUUGUAGUUGGUAAUGGAUUUGUCUAACAAAGUGCGCGAAAACAGAUAGUAACUAGUAAGAUAUCAAUUGAAAUGCAAUUCGAAAAGGCAACAUGGACAGUAGCGUUCAAAGAUUCAGCCCGUGACAUUGGAAACUUUAAAAUGACUAAAUCCCCUUACGUUGAUGACGAAAUUCAUCUCCUUUCAAAACAAGUUCCUUCAGGUGUCAUUCGAUAAUGUAUGAUAAUGUAUCCUAUAUGUUUUAGUAACCCCAAUUAUAUCCCCAAACUUUCUCACAAUCACAAGGACAGUCGCUUAAUCACUCAAAAACUGAUGGCCAGCAAAAAAAAUGUGGCAUUACGAUCUCUCUCAUGACGCACAUAAUAAAGUGCGAUUCACAUACAACAUCCACGUCGCGUUCACGUUCCGUCACGUCACGUUGCGUCAAUUAUUCUUCCAUGGAAUUCCUAUUGAAGCAUUCACAUAUACCAGCAACGGCAUGUCGAAGUUCCCGUUGCAGGUGUAUGUGAAUGUUUGCAUAAGAACUGCUUGGAAGAAUAAUUGACGCAACGUGACGGGACGGAACGUGAACAUGACGUGGAUGUUAUAUGUGAAUCGCACUUAACCACUCGUAUGCUUGUUUCGAGAAUCAAAUCAGCUUCUGCGCUUAGCUCAAGAUUAGUAAAUUCUAUUUCAUCGUUGGGCUAAAACAUUCGAUAUUCCCAAGAAACUGGAAAGUGGCUCAUGAAAUGGGAUGAUAAAUUAUUCACCUCCAUGAAAAGGCAAAGGCAGUAAGGAUAGUGGGAGCAAAGUGUUCACGUGAGACGAAGGACGUCUCCUGCUUGUUUGGUAGUAUAACUAUUGACUAUUGACACCGUAUUGAUAGUCAACCGUGAUUUUGUGCGUUUCGAAUUUAAGGAAUUUCUAGUGAAAUUUUUUUGACCUGUUAUUUUCUACGAAUCAACAGUUUUGACGACUGUUCACAUAUUCUAGGAGAGGUGAACCUAUUUUGUUCAAUUUCAGCAAUUAUUUCGCAUAAACAUUAUUUUGUUGUUUGGGGGCAAAGUGGUCAGUGGAGUAUUACUACUGACAAUGUUCUGCUUUCAAAAACUGAUAUACCUUAUCACCUUCUGCUCCCACCCACAACAAAUAUACCACCCCAACCAAAACCAAGCCUCAUUAUGGAACACGUUGUGUUUCCUACUACGUUUUUUACGUAUGAGAGAAUUUCAAUUGCGACUCUAGGUGAAUAGGCCUAACUGAUUUCAUACAUGUACCUACAAUUUCAAUAAUGAUUUAAACAAAUUUGGACAAGAAAACACGCAUAAAUCUAUCCAUUCUAGGCAUGAUAUGUGCGAGUGACCACUUUCCCCACCACAGGUGACCAUGAAAAGUUUUCAAAAACGAAGAACAUACUGACGACGUUGUAUUUAAAUUAAAUAUAUACCGCUGCUAUUCUUUUGCAUAUAACAAUAUAAUAAUUUUGCUAAUAUCAUCAAACAUAUGCCCAAAUUAAAAAAAAUAUCUGAAUACGAAAAAUGAAUAGCAUUCAUAAAGAUGUGUAUAUUCCAGUAGAUUAUUCACUGGUUUAAGUUUUUUUUUGUAAAAAGAAAAAAAUGUAUAAGUGGUUGUUCCAUAUGCCUUCAUACCGACACAUUUCGCCAUCUACAUUCGCCGCGUUCAGAAUGGUUAUCUACCUUCGCAAUACUUCAAAUCUUGGGUAUAUGAAGACCACGUGCUUCAGUAUUCCGUUCAAACUACAGCAUUCUGGGCAUAGAGAUGCCGUUGCGUUGUCUAAAACAACCAUUAUUUAACAUAAACUGUAUCAAGUAGAAGUUCACUUCUCCGUGUUUAAGGGUUCAUCCAGGUCGAAAGGACCGGUAUGAGUUUGUGUGUCCACCUUCCGUUCUCAGCACUAUUUCAUUUCUGCUGCCAUUUGGCUAUCGACUCCGCUGCCAUCAAUUUCGGGAUGUCUGGCUCUACUCCGCUGAACCGUAUCUUGCUGCUACUGGGUCCAAUGUAAUUUGGCAUGAUUCUGGCCAUUACGUUGAUGGCCUUUGCCGCCUCCUCACAGGAAUAGUCGACAUAGAGAUUAAAGUUUAGCCGUUCGUCGAUCAAGACUCCGAGAUAUUUUACUACACGCCUCGAGGCGAUGGUAUGACCUCCAACAGAGACUUCUGCCCACAGCACUACUCCACGAUUACUCACUAAUAGCACAUCGGUUUUGUGAUGUACCAUCUGGAAUUUUUUACCUUCGAUCCAGUCGUGUACAUUGUCUCACUUGCCAAUAUUUCCACUUCCUGGAACGCCUCGCCAAUUACCGUUGUUACGAUAUAGUCCGUAAAUCCCACAACCUCCAAACCUUUGAGUAGCUCCAGCAUUAGCACGCCGUCAUACAUCGUGUUCCGACCUAGGAUGGAAUCUUAUGGAACUCCCGCUUAUAUAUUCUUCAGUUUCUGUCCCCCGUAUUGUAUACCACGAUCCGAUUCUGGAAACAACUCUUCAGAAUCAUGUAAAAGUAUCGAGGCACCUUCAUUCUCGCCUCGACGGUGGCCCCCCCAGCUGGCGCUGUUGAAAGCAUUCUUCACGUCAAUCAAAAUCACUGCGCUGAAAAGAUGUCCUCUACGUUUUUGUUGUACCGACUCCUGAGCUAUCUCGAUAACUGUCCGGAUAGCGCCCACUGUUGGCUCUCCUUUUCGGAACCCGUACUGUAUUUUUAACAAUCCAUGAUUAACAUCUUUACAUUUCAUCAGUCUGUUGAAAAUAAUCCUCUCCAUAAAUCAGCAAACAUAUAAGCCUAUACAAUGAUGGAUCUCCAGGUGCUUCCCCAUCCCUCAGCCCAAGCGUGAAAGUCUCCUCCGGUGAUAAACGACUUUUAUUCGAUAAGCUUGUCUGUGAGUAUAUCCAUUUGGUGGCUACUGCUCCGAUGACCCUGAGAUGCAUAGCAACUGUAUAUGAAUAUUCCAUUGAUUUUGACGAUCACAAAACCUUCCUAUGAGCUACCACUUCUUGAACGCGAGGAACUCGAUACGGCUGGACUCAUUAACCAGUAAAAAAAAAAUAGCUCCACGCUCCAUUUGACAACUGUCAUAGUUUUGCUUAUUCCUCUGAAGACUUGUGUUAUGCAUUCGCUGCCCUUCUCCCGAACGAUGCCGAUGAGUAAUAUCCACGAUACGGCACUCGCAAUGCUUAAACAAUACUCACAAUGCCAUGAGCCGGAACGUGGUAUUCAACAUCCUUCUAUUACGAUGUAUCUUCAAAUCCAAAGAAGCCACUUCAAAAUACAUUCAAGUUGUGUUAUUCGGUAUAGUAACUUACCUAGUACUACCCAGAGUAAGGAAACUCUUCCUGUUUAUAUACUUUUUAAAAAAGAGUUUUAUUAAAUUCCUAACCUACUUAUUCCCUAGCCGACGUCCAGUGUGAGAAAAGAGAGCGAGCCACAUGGCUGUGGCCUUUUUAUUAUUUCAUUCUGCUGGGUAUGCAUAUCGCAUACCGCUGACGAUGGAUGUGCCGCGUGGCGUGGUAUACCGGCUGGAUUUCCUAACGGCUCCCCUUUUAGUCGAAAGUCGUCCUCGGCUUUCCUCAAUUAUCUUGCUGCGGUAUGAACUUAACCCUCGGUUUCUUCUGAAUAUAUUCAUCUACAAUGUCCUCCAUACUACCCGUUGGCGUGUCUCCCUUGAUAACGAUUUUGGUUCUAUUGCAUGGUGGAAGUAUGUUUUUGAUGACCAAGGUGAAAAUGAUUCCAAGGAUGAUUAGAGUUGUAACGGAGAAUGAACCAAGGGAUAUCCACUUGAAGGUGCGCAAACUUCCGUGUAUGUUUGUCGUCGUCAAGUUGAGCUUGUGCAGGUGUUCUCGAUGAUUUAGAUGAAGUUUCUGUAAGUAGUCUAGAGGCAUACGAUUGAUGAUUUCGGUGGCGUUUACCUUUAACCCGGUGGUUGGAAUAAAAGACGUUGCAGGUCCUUCAGCGUCGAGAUUUGUAUACUCCUCUCCAUUUAGGUGGAUAGUACAUCCGGAGAACUGAAUUAAGAAAGAUCCCUGCAAGUCUUUCGUGUGUUUAAAACAGCUUGAAGACAUAGUCAUGUUUGCAUCAUUUACAACGAUAUUGGCGUCGUUGAUUUUCUUUACAAAAUUUUGACCAUACGUUUUCUCAACCAUACAUUGGGCAGAACUUCCACUCAUUAGUUGUUGAAUGCAUGCUCCUGCUACUUCUAACUGCGACUCUUGGCAAAUGUAAAGUCCUCUGGUUUUAGGACAUAAAUUUUGCAUAUGGUAAGAUUUGGGUCCUUUUAGAUAGUAGUUUGAAGAUAGAUGAACACGUGUACCAUUGGUUAUGACUGGUUCGAUGUAGUGUAGCUCAUAAAUGACAUCCUUAAUUUUUGGAACUUUUAAGGUGUAGAUAAUUGAAUGUGAGGUUCGAAGAACAUAAGCGCUGGCGAUAUCCAGAAUAGUGCCGAAGGAAUCUAGUUCGAAAUUGUUGCUGGUGAGAAACUGUUGUGCUGCGAAGAUUUCUUCUGGGCUGAUGAGGCGGCUGCUUGGUAUAUCAAACCUAGCUAAAGUUAUAGCCUCCUCUACUAUCUCUGAAUUCUUGAUGAGCUCAGCUAAAUUAAAUAAAAGAUUAACUGAUUCAAAUCCAUCCAUUGUUUCAUUAUAUGACUUGUAAUAGUCGGUAGCUAGCAAAGAGAUAGUUUUUGUUAAGUUAUUGAUUCUUUCUUCAAAUUGCUUGUUAAUUGCUGUUUGCUUAUUAUUUUGUUCAAUUAGUGUAUUGGUAGUGGUAUUAAUGAUUUUCAAAUCUUCGGCAUCCGGGCUGCCUGAUAUAUAUUUCCAGGCUUUUCCUAGGGUUUCCCAUCGUCUGAAUCGUCUAAUAUUUGGCGUUUUCAGUUUUUCAAAAGUUAUUAACAAUUUUUCUUGUUUAGAUUUUAUAAGUGGGCUCAGGAUGUGUCUAUGUGUUAUCUUUUCAUUUGCAAUUACAAUCAGUUUUUCAAUAAUGGAUUCAAUAGAACUUACAUUUACACGGUGGAUAAUUCUAACAUAGUUAUGGCUUAUUCUCGCAGGUCCUAAUGACACAACAGCUAGAGGGUUUUGAUUUAAAUCGUGUAUGCGUACAUCGCAGUGUCCGCCCUGGAGUAGUAGACAUAGUCUGGAAGGAAGAUCAUAUAAAUGAGGGGUUUAGAUAGGAGAUCUUUUGAUGCUUUUCUUGUGAAUUUUGAUGUUUGUGUCGUCGGUCACUGUCUUGUCCGUUUCAGUUUUGAUGUUUAUGAGUCGAUAUCUGUGUCCGUGAGGCGUUGGAUGUGCUUUACAUUUUACUAGUGCUUGUCUAUUUACCAGUUUCUUGAAAUCGUCCUUUGAUAUUAUGGGUAAUUUAGAAUUGUGAUUAUUUGCGUCUAGGGAUAUAUUGUCUCUAGCGGUCUGAAGUGUUUUGUUUUUCGAAAGGUUGAUUUCGUCAAUGUUAAGGGACGAUGAAUUUCCAAAUAUUAUUUCUUUAGGUGUGAGUUUUGUCGUCGUAUGCUUUGUCUCGUUAUACAGGGUCGUUACCAAGACUAGGCCCUGAUAAAGUGAAAGAUUUUCUAUUUUGUCUCUAUUCGCCAUAGACAUUUCGAGCAAUGUGUUGUGGAAACGUUCCACAAUUCCGUUGCCAUUACUGCAACUCGCGAAAUGAAGAGAUAUACCAAGUUUGUGUAAGAAUUUGUUAAAUUUUGCAUUUCUAAAACUUGUAGCUUGGUCACAAGUGAUCAUUUUUGGUAGGCCGAAACUUUUAAAGUAUUCAGUCAGAGUCUCCAUUAACUCAUCGGCAGUUUCAUUUUGAAUCUUGUAAAUUUGCGCGAACUUUGAGAACGCGUCAACGAGGGUUAAAAAUUUUUCACCCUCUUUGACAUAAACGUCUAUGAAGACAUUUUCAAACGGUCUUUCAUAAAUUCUUCUACCAAUCGGGAUUUUGAACGGUUUUCGUUCAUAUUUGGCAAAUUUGCAAGAUUCACAGUUUUGUACAAAUACCUUGACCUUAGAUAACAUCCCUGGGAAGUAUACAGAUUUCUGUAGCUCACUGUAUGUGAGUUUCCAUCCUCUGUGGUUAAAAUUAUGACAUCGUUUGAUGAAUUCCUGUUGGUCCGCUGAUGACAUCAAAUCUGGAAGUUUGAAAUUGGAGAAGUUAAUUUUUAAGGUCUUGCUAAAUGUGUUAUUAAUUAUCCUUCGACACGACAAAGAAAUGUCGAGUGGCGCAAAGAUACCGUUAUUCGUUGUUGGAUCCAGAUAAUCCUUCAAAAUCCUUGUUAGGUCUCCAUCUGAAUAUCCAUUUCUAUGAAAAAUGUGUCUUACUUGACCUGGAAAAGUAUUAUAUAUUAUAUGUGGGCUCUUAGACUUAUCCUUAGUAAUUUUUAAUAUAAGCUGGUUCUUGUAUUUGUUGAUAAUUUCUGGACCAUAUACUUCGUGAUUUUCAAAGCAUUCGCUUUCCAACGUUUGAAGAUUGAGUUCCAUGCGGGGAAUCCUGGAAAGCCCAUCCGCGACUACGUUUUGCUUUCCUUUCUUGUAAAUGAUUCGAAAGUCGAACUGUUCCAGAUAAAGCCAUUGUCGGGUCACUCUUCCAGUGGCGUCUGUCAAUUUUAGCUCUUUUGUUAAUGGUUCAUGGUCCGUGUAUAUAGUAAAUCGUCUACCAUAGAGAUACGGCCUAAACGUUUUCGCGGCAAAAUAUAUCGCUAAAAGCUCCUUUGAAGUGGCUGAGUAAUUCUCUUCAGCCUUUGAAAGAGUUCGAGAGAGAUAUGCAAUAGGUCUCUCUUUACCAUCAACCAGUUGCGAUAACACUGCCCCAAUUGCUACGUUAGAGGCAUCCGUAGUCACAAUAAAAGCUUCGUCAAAGUUUGGAUAGUGUAAUAGCAAAUCCUUAGUCAUUAUAUCCUUUAACUGUUUAAAGGCUGUUUCGAAAUCAUGAGUUACAUCAAACGUUUUACCUUUUCCGCAUAAUUUCGAAGUCAUUGGUUUUGCAAUGGAUGCAAAUUUUGGUAUGAAUCGGCGGUAGUAAGAUACGGUUCCCAAAAACGAUCUCAACUCCUUCAAUGUCCUUGGGAUUGGCCAAUUUUUGAUCGCCUCUACUUUCUUUGGGUUUGGUUUAACUCCUUGAACAGUAACGAGGUGCCCAAGAAAUUCAACCUCUUUGCGAAGAAACUCCGACUUAUUGCACUGUACCUUUAAAUUGGCUUCUUUCAGAGUUUGCAAAACUUUAGUGAUAUCUUGCAGAUGAUUCUCCAAGGAAGGGGAAAAGAUAAUGAUGUCGUCCAUAUAGACGAAACAUCUGAUACCCAGGUGUUUCCUCAAUACAGAGUCCAUCAACCUUUGGAAAGUAGCGGGCGCAUUCUUCAACCCGAACGGCAUGCGAAUGAAUUCGUAUUUGCCAUGAUCUACAUUAAAGGCAGUCUUGGGAAUGUGAGCUGGUUCCACUUCAAUUUGAUGGAAGCCGCUUGCUAAGUCUAACACGGAAAAAUAUUGAGCUUUUCCUAAUCUGUCAAGGAUCUCGCUGAUUUCCGGUAUAGGGUAUCGGUCAGCGGGUGUGACUUCGUUUAGCUUGCGAUAGUCAACCACAAUCCUAUAUUUCUUUUUGCCUGAAUUGUCGUCUUUUUUGGGUACGACCCAAAUCGGAGAUGUCCACUGUGAUGAGGACUCUUGAAUAAUCCCGUUGUCUAACAUCUUCUGAAUCUGUUCAGAAACAAUUUCUCGAAGGUGGUAUGGGUACUUGUAUGUACGCUGAUGGAUGGGUUUUUCAUUAGUCGUGUUUAUAGAAUGUUUUACCUCAUGAGUGAAAGUUAACCUUUCGCUUUCAUUGAAAAAUAUGUCUUUGAAUGGCUUCAGGGUUUUAACCAGUAGGCGGAUUUCUUCUUUGUUUAAAUGAUCGGCAGGAAAUUUUAGUUUACCUGUACUGCAUUUGUCUUCCAACAAGUAAGGAUCAUUAUCGAAUGGUUUUAAGUUGUGAUUUCUUUUCUUUCCAUUUGCAGACAGAAAUACUGUUGCCCUGUUAUCCUCGGCUACAUAUAAGCCAGGAUUUACAGUGACAUUUGAGUUGAUAUCUGUUUCAUGCUCAAUUAAAAAUGUGCCAUUCGAUGUAGUACAAAUCUCACCAAGUUUUUCACGACACUCGUGGAAAUUUAUGUUUGAAGGAUAGUACUUUGUGAAAGAGUACUCUCUGUUACCAAUUUUUAAAAAAUGAUGUGUUGUAUCAAUGAUUGCGUUCAUGCGCGCUAAAUUUUCGUAGCCUAUAAGGCCAUCGAAAAAUGGAUGAAAUUUAAACACGUGGUAUGGCAAUUUUUCACUGAAGGAUUCUGCAAACAAAUUAGCAUGUACAACGCUAUCUAUUACAAAUUUACCAUUUUUGUUUGUUACAACCGCAGGAUUAGAUACCUUGCUAGCGGUUUUGACAUGUUCCGGAUUUAUAUACGACUUAUUGGCCCCUGUGUCGACCAGAAAGUUUAAAUAACCUUUCGAAGUCGUAAAACGAAUGUAUGGUAUAAAAUUCAAGUUCGAGAGUUUUUCAAUCUGACCACGUGAAAAUUUAGUUCAUUGGAUUCCACUGCGAUAUCUGAUUCGUCGUCAUCGUCAUCGUCAUUGUCAUCGUCCGAGUCAUUGUUCACUAUGGCGCUUUGCGCUCCAUUUGAUUCAUUAUUAUUAUGCUCAACCCACGCUCUGUAUUGCUGAUAUGGUUUCUUAUGUUGUUGUUGUUGUUGUUGUUGUUGCUGUUGCGGUGGGGGUUUAUUAAAAUUUAAUUUACUUUGGUGUGCUUGAUUUCCGAAUGCUUUUGGUUUUACCGUCCCCUUUGCGCGUGUCUCGGCGUUAGCAUUAAGCAUAACUGCUGAGUGUGCUUCAUCGAGUGUAGAAGGUUUAGAAUUUCUAAUAAUGGACGCAAGUGGCUCCCCUAUAUUGUCCAAAUAUUUUGAGACUGUUAUCAUCUCGAUAAUUUCGUUUGGUGAGAGCGGGUUCAUUUGAAGAUUAGCCUUCAACUUAGUAUUGAUUUCUUUAACCUCGUUAAAGAAUCUCGAAUUGUUUUUGUCACCUUUACGGAUAUGGAAUAAAAGUGAAAGGUUAGUAGUAAAAUCUCUUUGGUCACCGAAGUUUUCGACCAAAAUUUUCUUAAUCCCCUGUAAAGUACUGGGAUUCCCGUUGGCACAUAGAAUAGUGCGUGCCUCACCUUUAAUUUUGUUUCUUAUUGCUCUGAGAUAGAACAUGUUUAAUGUGUCAGGAGCACCCUUUCGUCCCUUCACUUUAAAGGUAUCGUAUAAUUCGUCAACUUCUUCCAACCACGAGUUUAAUUCUCGUUUGUUGCCCGUGAACUCGGACAAAUUUUUGAUGGGAUCUGGCAGGCGAUAAAGAUCGUCAUUCUGCCCCCCGGCGAGCAUUGUUUUAAGCUCCUCAACCGUGUUACGGAGCUGCUCAAUUUCACUGCACUUUUCGUCUGGCAUUGUUUCGGUAGUUAAGUAUAAUUAAAUGUGUGUACUUACACGAUUAUUUCCAGCAUUCGAUAUGCUGAUAUGUAGGCCCCGAGGAGGCGGGCAAUAGUUGUCGUUCUGCUAGGGGCGAUGUCCAAGCGAUGCUCCAGAAUGAUUAUUCGGUGCUGCUGCUGGUGAUCACUACUAAGCUUUCACUGUCACUUUGUCACUUUUUUUCUAAAACCUCCUGAUGGGUAUCCUACCGGCUGCGCCAGUAAGGAAACUCUUCCUGUUUAUAUACUUUUUAAAAAAGAGUUUUAUUAAAUUCCUAACCUACUUAUUCCCUAGCCGACGUCCAGUGUGAGAAAAGAGAGCGAGCCACAUGGCUGUGGCCUUUUUAUUAUUUCAUUCUGCUGGGUAUGCAUAUCGCAUACCGCUGACGAUGGAUGUGCCGCGUGGCGUGGUAUACCGGCUGGAUUUCCUAACGCAGCAAACAUUAAAUCGCAUAACAAGCGUAUAUAUAACAUCAUAUGCCCUAAAAUUUGGUUGGCAUAUAAUGCGCCUAACUGGCAUAUGCAUGCAAAAGUGGAGGCCAUAUACAUACAUGGCAAAUGCUUACCGAAUUUGUUUGGAUGAAUAUGCAACUUUGACCGGCUAUAAUAGCGACUUGUGCCAUACUCAUAUACGAUUUAUUACAGACAUAGAAAAAAAAACAAAUGGCGCAAAAUAUUUUCGUGAAAUGUUUAUUAUAGCCUCACGAAUCGCCAUAUGUGAGUAUUUAUGUUUGUAGAAAUAAUAAUUGUUUGAUUGACUUGUGUUGGGAGUGGAAUUGAAUGUUUAAAAUGGCACAGGUUGAUGUUUGGUGAAAACUGCUCCGAUAUGGGUUCGAACUCCGGUCGUCUGGAUUAUCAUCCACCAGCUAUCUCGCGCGGCUAUCUGCAAUUUAUUUCAACAGCGGUUAAAACUUUCGAGUGCAUCAGCAUUUCAUUGACAUUUCAAUAUGAUGUAAUAUGUCCUUUAUUAGGAUCUAAUAUGAUUUACUGUUUCAUGAUUUUCUUCACCAUGCAACACGAUUUACUACAGUACUGAAUCGAUUUAAAUUAUACGCUUAUACGACACACAAACUGCAUCAGCGUAAUAUACGUAUAUGAUGCGGGUUAAAUAUAUUUUACGACAAUGUACAUCAUAAAAUUGAUGUUUAUUAUACCGAUAUGCGACUUAAUUUGAUAAUGGUAUAUAAAAUCGAGUUUUUACAUUUUAUGCGAUUUCAAAUAUACACGAUACAUACUUUGAUUGAUAUUAUAUGCGAUUAUGAUUUAUUCGGAUUCUUGUAAGACUUGGCACGUGCAAAAUUAUACGAUUUAAUGUUUGCUGGGUACCUACGUUGAGAAGGCAAAAGUUCCACUGGGAACGUUAGUGGCAUCCAAGAAGAAAGGAAGAACGUCGAUCGUUUCCAUAGUAUAGUAUCGAUCCCCACUUCUCUUCUGUUUGAAUAAUAUCUCGGCUUUCUCGACCACUCGCCUAAUCGUUCGCUAACUGGUUCUGGUUUGACUGGUCUGCUUUUCAACUGGGCGAACGUUAACUGGUCCUUGGACCAGUUAAAAAGUAGAAUUUCGUAAACAAUCGACGCCAUAUUCAAAUGGAAGAUUUGCUGUGAGGGGCAUUCGAAUGUAAUUUGAAAUGUUAUGAAAAUUGACAUUAUUUUCGCAUGACAAAAUCAUUGAUUAAAUUACAGAAAAAAAAUCCUCAAAUUAUAUUUCAUACCUGUUGUCGCACUCAAUGCGAAACUUCAAUUGGAAUCCCUUUGUUUAUCCAAUUUCAUGAUCAACGCGAAUCAAACAAUUUAUUGAAGUUCCCCUCGAUUUUAUUUGACGUUCAACAUGCCAGACCAGUUAAAACGCGAAUGUCGAUAGCUGGUCUUCCCUUUUCGCUCAGUUAGUGAAUGUUUACUGUAUAUGGAAAGCAUCCGCGGUUGACUUUCCGUUCUGGAAAUCGAACUGCUUGCAUGAGAAACCCUAAUUACCUUCGGUCAACAUUUUUAAUUUUCAGGCUGUUAGCUCUGAAAUCGAAUAUUUACAAUAAUUAUGUAAUACGCAAGUUAAGUAGUUCUAGUGGAAUAUUUCCAUAUUGCAGCCCCUCACUGGUAAACUACUAUUCUCGCACCUAUGGCCACCUUUUCCGCUUUACUGUCACACAGUAUCAGUUUUCGCUUGGCCAUCGUGAAUAAAAAUCGCAAUAAAGAAAACUGCAGUUUAUUUCCCACGUUCUAGUUUUCCCGAGUUUUUCGCUGAAUAUCCCGAACUAUUUAACGCGUAACGCGUAGUUAAAGAGCUCUAUUGCUUUAUAUCCGAUUAGAAUAAAAGAGACACAAUUUACUUAGUGUUCUCGCUACAAAGUGUUCCCCGCCAAAAUCACAUAUAUGCGGAAAAUCACCCCAGCUAGAAAGGCUCUGGAGAAUCCCGUCUCAUAAGUAUUCGUACCCAUCACUAGCUUUUCACUUUUCGGGACACGAUUCCGCGGGUGCCAUUGAACCAGCGCGGUGAUUACUAAGUGCCCCAAUUGUUCUUUGGUUCCAAUUUCCUCGACAUACGUUGACGCACAAUAUCUAUCUAAAAAUUUCGCCAUUUUAUCAGGGUUCAUGUCCGAGAGAUCGCUGUCUGCACAAUGUUCUUUGACGUAUAUCUCUCUGUCGGAAGGCUUGGUAUCCCGUGUUCGAUCGUAACUUUUUGCCGUUUCCUAGAACUACAAAAUCACUAGCUUUUCACUUUUCUCGUCAAAUCUGCAGAUAAUGUUUUCCCUCUUCAAUGGACUGCAGAAGAUGACAUCGGUUAUAGAUUCACGACCGUUUUUGGAAAAGUUAUGAUGGUACUCUCACUCGACAGCACGUGAAAAUUUCAUUAAUUUUUCCGAUCUCGAAAUUUUCAUAUGAAUUUGAAACCACUUCUUGAAAGGAGUACCUAUAUAUAACUUGAUCGCAGCUAUACCUGCCCUGUUCGCUACACAGUUAACAUUAUCUGGAGGAACUCGAUACGACUCUGCAUUGAUUGCAACUCCGCAUUUUGUUUCUGUAGUUUACGAACAGGUUACAUGUGAUUGAGGUUGAUCUGGGUUAUUUUCACUACCGUUUGUCGGCCAUCACGAUUGAUUCGUACAGACUCUUGAAACAUGACCCUCCUUGUCAAACUUUCUGCACAGCUCAGAUCGGUUGGGGCCACAACAGAUUUUCGUGUGAUUCCCAAAACCCAGACACUUGAAGCAUAGCCCUCAAUGAACACACUGACUUUGAUUUUGCUCGUCUUCUCCAGUUUAUUUUACACUGACGACGAGAGUCAUAUUGAAAGUCGUCUGCGUGCCACCAAAUAUUAUUGAUGUUUCUCCCAGGUCACACUGUACUACUCCCCUAACGACGAGUUUCUUGGAGGCUAAACUCCUGACCUCUACAAACGUACCAAGAGACCUUCAAUGAUUUGCUGAGACGAGAACAGCUGAGCUAUAAACCACUAUUCAUUUUUGUAAGUGUCACCCUUUUUCAUCCAGGGAGUAAGAUACCAGGCAGUGUCAGUGAUAAGACUUCUGGUUUCUGUUAUAAUUUCCGAACAAUCCAUAGAAACCUUUAUUGAUUCGUUGAAAGUUUGGAUGAAUUCUGACUAAAGACAAAUGACUGACAAUGUCAAAUUCAUAGAAUCAAAGAUGGUAAUAUUGAAGUAUCAAGAAUUUUAUUAUCCUUAUUUAUCUUUAGGGAAUUCAAGAUUCCCUUGCCCCUACAAGUUCAGUAUUUGGUGUAAAUUAAUGAUCAAGCUGUUUUUUUUUCGAAAAAAAAUCAUGAUGUUUAUUUAGAACGAAAUUGCGUAUACAAUUGAUUGUUUUCUACAACUGUGCUUCAAACACUGCGUUCGGCAGCCUUUACAAAACACUAUAUUGAGCUAUAUUGAGUGAAUUGUAUACAACGUUAUUACGGCUGUCACCGUGUGUGUAGAAUCCGGAAGAGUUCAUCCGUCGUGACAACUUUGAUGAGCUCGGUGUUAUUAUGAAUACCACGAUACUGUCACGUCACGGGGAAAAACAAGUAUAUUUGUUACUUGUGUUUUAGAUGGUGAAAGCUAGUCACGCGGAAUGGAGUAAGUUUAAUUUCGGAUUUAUUUAGCUUUUUUGCUAACAUUUUGAAUCUUGUCUUGCUUUUAGAGAAAAAAAAGAUAAACAAACAGCAAUUUACCCGCUUGGUGGUAUUUUUAGAACGAAAUCCUGACGUAUCCAGAGAACGUAAAUUUGUUUAUUUGGAUUCGAUAAAUGCUCUAUGGGAUAUAAUUGAGGACUAAAAAUGUAGCUCCCGUAGACAAAUUGAAACAUGGCGAAAGAUCUAAUUUCGAUUGCCCUAAAUCAAUAGAAAUUUUUUGUUUCUAUUUUAAGGAUUAGACUAACAGAGAGUUGCAACCCCAUUAAAUGGCAAUGGAGGCCACUGGCCCAAAACGAUAAUUAUGAUUGAUUAUGUGAAGAAUUGAUUUGUUGAUAUUUUGAAUAUAAAAUAAUAACUGUAAUGUUUUUCCAACAUUGCAGAGCUGGUUUUUGUAAUUCAAACAUUCGCAAUUGGUGGACAAGACCCGAAUCAGGCGAUAGUUACAUCGAAUAAGACCAUUGAUCUUUUGUUUUAACGUAAUAGAUAUUUUCAACGAUAUUGUUUUGAAGACAUACUUUGAAUGAAAGAAUAUUUAAGUUUCAAAUAAGAAAAAAAGAAUCUAUCAUUGCAAAGCUUCAAAAUUAAUAAUGUUUAAAUUAUUCUCUAGUUCUUUUCCAUUAUUUUGAUAUUCUUCUAAAGAAAAUCUGAAUCAUUUUCUGCUUUUGGCAAAUUCCUUGAAACUCAUCAGAUGUUCCAUAUGAAAAUUAUGCUUCUGACCGACGCUACUGACCAGUUUCUGUUUAAAUAAUUAUAUGAAACCUAAUGUCCCGUAUAUCAAAUUACACGAGAAUGGGAAGGAUAAGAGGAUUAAACUUCAGAAUCCCAAAUGGAGGUAGCUAAGAUUAUACUGAUCAUGAGAUGAAUAAAUUCGGGUUUAUUCUGGGAUAUAGAAGAUAUUAUUAUUCAUAAAAAUUGUAGAAACGGUUCUUAAAAAAUGAUUCUAACGUUGACCUAUACUAAAUUCUUCACAAUCUUCAAACGAGUAAGACAGAGCUGAGUACAAGAGUAUGCGAGAUAUCGAUUAUUAAACUCAUGAUUGUCAUGCCUUAUCUCUAGAGUAAUUUAUAGAAAGAGGAAAUAAAACUACAUUCCCAUAUGUUCAACAACUACAUUAUUCAAGAGUAACCAAGUAUUCCUCCUCAUCUUUGAACCAGCGUUUGAAGCAGCAAACUAACGCACCAAGCAAAUGAUUCAUAGAAUGAGUCCGAAUAGUUGGCAUUGAAAUACCGAAAGUGUCGGACAACUUAGCCUUGUGGUUUUGAUCGAAACCAGGGCUGUGGAGUCGUAGAAAAAUUUCCCGACUCCGACUCACCCACAUUAAUUAGUACCGAUUAGUACCGAUUUCGUCCAAAUUUGUUCAAAUCAUAUUUGAAAUCAUAAUGUUCCGCAUAACGAGGCUUGGUUUAGUUGCAGUGGCCUAUUUAUCCAGGGUCCAAGCCAUAAAAGGAUCCUUUUCAAGGGCACAAUGUGAUGCGGUUUAUCAUCUUUAGCGAACAGAACAUUGUAAGUCGUUAUUCACAUAUGACCACUUUGCCUCCAAACAUCAAAGUAUUUUCUAUGCUAAUUGAUCGCUGAGAUUAAACAAAAUAUGUGUUCACCUAGAAUAUGUGAACAGCCGUUAAACUGAUGAUUUGUCCAAUACAUCAGAUUGAAUAAACUAAAUUUAACGAGAAAUUCCUUAUAUACCAUGCGCAAAGAACUACGGCCUAAUGGCUAUCGAGAAAGCAACUUCUGUUUUUAUUUAUUUUUUGACAUGCGACAGCUCUACUGAAGUACGUGGUGACUCAAAAGUCAUUAAAUUCUUCAAACAUAAGGUGACUAUCAAUACGGCAUCUAUAGUCAAUAGUUAUACUACCAAACAAGCAGGUGACCACUUUGCCCCCCAUGACCAAUUUGUCCUCCCUACCCCUAUAUCGUGACUCUCGUCUUAUCGCAGCUCUCCGUCUUUCAAUGCACAGCGCAGACGCAUUCAUUUCAUUCAUUAUCAAUCAUCUGUGAUUUGAUAUGAUCCAAUAAAUUAGAAUGGCAUUACCAGACAACAUCCAGUUUCUAUCCAAUCGUUUUUAGAUAUUAUGAAAUUUCUUGUUGAGCCACUGCCCAUCUUGAAGUGUUGAAAUCAAUUACAAAGAGCUUUUCCCUGAAAUCAGCUACAUCAUACACAUUCUAUUGUACUCAUUUUGCUAAUCGAAUCGAUGGUGUACAAAAAAAAUUGCACAGAUCAAACUUCAUAGCAUAGAAGUUGCAAAUCCAAAAUGCGUCUAGGAAAAGAGAUUGUUUUCAAGUUUUGAAAUACUAUUCCUGUGCCAAGCACUCAUUUCCAAUCCUCAUUUCAUUUCAAAGCUGUCUGUCACCAUUUUCAUGGAAAUACAUACCUACCCCCAUUUCCGUAGUUGUGUUCUGUAACGUCCUGAUAUUGUUCUCCGCAACAUUAACGGGGCUUUUCUUACUUGUGUUUUUAAUACGGUUUUUAUCUUCUGGCACUACUUGUUUUUUAUCAUAUCUCGGAUUCACCGAGAACGAAGAUUACAAGAGAAUAAUAAAUGUAAUGUGUUUCCUCCAACUUUCCUCAUUUCUUGGAAGCCAUCAUAUAUAUUUUAUGCACUCCAAAAAUAUUGGAACGACUCGAUGUCAGUGCCACAUCAAUCAUUCUAAACUACAUGAAUAGCAAGUAGAAAAUAUAUAGUUUGUAGAAGUGAGUACAGAUUUUAGAACCAUAUUCGGAUGAUUUUUUUAUUCUUUUGGAAUAUGUGUAUUACGUUCAAUCUUUUCGUGAGAAAUAACUUUCUGAUCACACACACAAAACUGAUUCAAGAAACAUUUAGGAAAAAACAAAUGAAUUAAGUAACCAAAAAAGAAAAACAAAAAUUAAUAAGACUAAAGACUCGUGAUAUCUAACAUUUAGGCCAAUUUUAUCAAUAAUUCUAUAUUACUCUAAUUAUCAUUAUCAAUGACUAAAUGAAAGAAACUUUUCGUAUACAAGCUGAAACUUCAACGAAUGCAGUUCGGAUAAAAGACAAUCCAAUCGAGCUAGAUUGCGACAGAAUGGAAAAAAAACCACAACAAGCGUGAAGAAAUGUCACAUGUACGACAUUAAGAGAGAGAGAGAGAGAGAGAGAGAGAGA